AUGCUGUCACCGGCGCUUAUGAUACUCGUCGCCGCAUAUAACCUGCAUCACACAAAUGCUGCUUGGUUGAAGCAACGAGAUAACGAUAACAUAUUCUUCCCGGGUUCUAUCAUGGGCGAUGCCAAUAAGUUUGGCACCGAUGACAUCCCAGAGGAAUGCAGAGAUAAGACCUACUGCACCAUUAAGCCUCCAAGCUACCCAGAGGAACAUUUCAAUAAGAUGUUUAAAGGCGUGAAAACUUUGGCCCAACCAACGCUUGUACUAGAAUCGAUGCUAACGAAUCGACAAGGGGAUCCGGAUGAAAGAGACGAUUGCGAAAGCGAAGUAAAGUACGAGCCCCUUUAUAAUGUGCGUUCAAAGCGUGAUGGUGAAUGGAGGGUUGUCGUUCAAGGGCCAGGGGAGGAUUACGUCCAAAGAGUUCGCUUGGAAACUUGCACGAAUCCCGACGGUCCCUGUUUCAACGUAUUCCCGCCGACUUCCGACAUCAAAGUGUUCUGCAAGCAGAAAUACAACAAGUGGAAAGUUCUAGUGGCCAAAGGUGACAAUGAAACGGAGAAAAUUGAAGUUGACCUGCCAGUUUGCUGCUCUUGUCAGUACAAGUCUGCCCCUAUAGAGACCCGUUUUGGGAUCCCGCAAGCCAUGACCCCUGCGGUAAAGCCU